CGGCGAGCGGCACACCCGAGCCCCAGCAAGCCCCAGUCCCCGGCCGUGCACCCCCGAGGCUCCCCCGGCACGCAGCGUGCUCGCCCGGUCCGUCUCCCGACCCACGUCAAGUGCACCCUGGUCCCGGACCGCCCUGGACCAGCGGCCCUGCCUGGCCGGCGGUGGCCCUGCCCCCGCGUGACUCUCUCCACGGCACUGUGACGGACGGACUGAGCGGACUCUGCGGAUCGCAUCGGCACACGGAACACCAGUGUCGGUCCUACCACCAGGAGGUGCUAUCCGUUCCGACAAGGUCCCACUCGCCCCUACCAGGUGCCAGGCGUGUCAGGCGUCUGCCGGGGGAUGUCAGCCUGACGUCGCGGUGCAGGCACUGCCAAGGGCUCUGCAGCACUGCAGGCAUGCCUUGCCUCGCGGCGCGCCACGGGGCCCACGAGGCGCACAGGGCCCUCGGGGGGUGCCUGGCCGACGGUGGCGGCCUGGCUGCGCGCCGUGCUGCACGCCGUGCGCCACGCGGCUAGGCCGAGGCUGGCUGGGCCGAGGGCUGCGCGGCCAUGACUGGGGAGGCUGCCACGUUGGCGGGCCGGGCAAGAGGCAGCAGAAGCAAGCGCAGGCGGGGAUGAGCCGUGAUGAGGCCGGCGGCCGACAGCUGGUGCCGUUGGGGCGGCCGGCUGGCUGCCUGCAUGCUGUCGUGCGUCCUGGUCGCCCUGCUCGUCACGCUGCACGCCCUGUACGACAGCGCAGUCUACACCAUCCAGUACCAGGGGCUGAGCGAUGAGGGCCUGGAGGCCAUGCUGCUGGCCAACACCGCCGACGUGUCGGCCAUGUUGACGGCGCCGGAGAUCCCCGACGACCCGGGCGGCGGAGGCGGCGACUUCGGCGGCGACCUGGGCGGCGACCUGACGGUGGUGUCGGGCGUGGACACGAACGAAGUGAGCGACCAGGACAAGGACCUCCACUUCGAGGAGGGCAAGGACGACGUGGGCCGCGUGCGCUUCCCCAGGACGUCGCGCCGGCUGCCGCAGUGCCUCAUCAUCGGCGUGCGCAAGUGCGGCACGCGCGCGCUCCUGGAGAUGCUGUUCCUGCACCCGCGCGUCCAGAAGGCGGCCGGCGAGGUGCACUUCUUCGACCGCGACGACAACUACUCGCGCGGCCUGGAGUGGUACCGGAAGAAGAUGCCGCACUCGUUCCCGCACCAGGUCACCAUCGAGAAGAGCCCCAGCUACUUCGUCACCCCCGAGGUGCCGGAGCGGGUGCGCGCGAUGAACGCGAGCGUCAAGCUGCUGCUCAUCGUCCGGGAGCCGGUGACGCGGGCCAUCUCCGACUACACGCAGCUCCGCAGCCACGCCGCCACGGCGUCGCCGUCGCCGCCGCCCAGCGGGCAGCAGAUGCAGCAGGGCCAGCGCUCCUUCGAGGAGCUCGCCCUGAAGCCCGACGGCACCGUCAACCUGGCGUACCGGCCGCUCUCCACGUCCCUGUACUACUCCUUCCUGCACCGCUGGCUCGACGUCUUCUCGCGCGACCAGCUCCUCGUCGUCAACGGCGACCUGCUCAUCGAGGACCCCGUGCCCGAGCUGCGGCGCAUCGAACAGUUUCUAGGUCUGGAGCCCCGGAUAGGGCGCCACAACUUCUACUUCAACCACACCAAGGGCUUCUUCUGCCUGCGCAACGAGACGGCCGACAAGUGCCUGCGCGAGACCAAGGGGCGGCGCCACCCGCGCGUCGACCCCGCCGUCGUCACCAAGCUGCGCAAGUUCUUCUCCGAGCACAACCAGCGCUUCUACGACCUGGUGGGUCAGGACCUUGGCUGGCCCGAGGAAUGACCGCGCCGAUCACUGCCGCCAGCACCGCCACCGCGACGCCACCGCGACGGCGGACUGCUUGGAGCGGCCGGGGAGCGGCGCGCGGGGGCGGGGCGUGGCUGGAGGCCGCGAGGCCCCGGCCAGCGCCCUGGCGGCUCGGCAGAGUCGGCAGAGACUGCAGGCGGCAGAGACACACUCACACUGACCGUCCCGGUCCCAGACCGGUCUAGACCCUACCGGUCGCGCGGGCCGCGCCGGGGGUAUUGUCCGUCCAGAGCAUCUCAUUCACACCAACCUCACUGUGUUCACUGCUUGCCGCGGCUUGCCGGCGCCGCGAGUCUCUGCCGCCGUCCGCCCCUCCCUUCCGGCGCGCUCCCCGGCCCCGCCGCGGUCGGCACCGCGUCGUGGAGGGAACCUAAUUGUAGUUUCUCAACCCGGAAGGCCUACGGAAUACCACGUUCUUCUGUCGUCGGUCCAAUUGCGAAGAUAUAUUGAACCACUAGUCUGUAGGUUUUUCCAAGUCUGAACAAGCAGAUUUAAGCAGUCUGUAUUUUUGUUCAACUCGUUGUCAGCCCGUCUCGUUGUUCAGUUCUUCGUUACAUGUGAAACCUUUAGAUUUUAAGGGAGUUCAUGGAACUGUCAUUUCCCUCGUAGGCAAAGGGAGCCUUAAACCAAAUUGCUCGAUGUGAUAUUAUUCUCGAUGAGAUAGUCGUCUCUUGUUUAAAGAUAAUUUGUACAUAUUUAUUGUGCUGAUGAUAUUUCAGUAUUACGAAAAAAUUGAAGAAGAGCGUAACGAUAACAUAUCAUUAAAAAUGCAUAUCAUAUUGUGAAUUUUUAUCAAAUUACAUUUACAUAUCAUUCCUGUGACAAGUUGAAAUAUGAAACAUAUCAUUAUUUAUCUUUCGCAGACUUUCCUGGCCGAUGUGUGAAUAUGCGGUCGGUAUGUGCCAUGGGGACAGGUUCCUAGACAUAUUGUUAAGCUAAGAAAUUUUAAGAGUGUAACCCACAUGUUAUUUAAUGCAAUAUUUUGUUACCAGUUGUUGUUUCUGAAGUUUUAAUGCUAGCUGAUCAUUCGUAACGUACCUAAAGCGGGAUAUUCGAGUCACCUUACCGUAGCUUUAUAUCUGAACGCCUCUGUCAGUGCUCCGAUCCAGGAAACGGGGCCCGGGAAAUAGAAAAUGGAAAUCGGAAAAGGGAAAGGCAGCGCCACAAACGUGUCGGUUGGGCUGCCUACCCGCCGGGUCGAAGGCGCUCGCCACGAACGACGUGGUACUCUUAUCUUCCAAGUUGCUUCCAAUCCCUCCAAGUCAGUCUGGCGGGAGAGUGGGGCUAAGGCUGGCAGAAGCGGUUAUAAACGUUUUUGGCGCCAACUUUUUAGAAAGUUUCCAUUGGACGGAGCCACGGGCUUGGAUCCGCACCUGCACCUUAAACCAGGCUGGCAGGAUGUCCAGGGCGAGGAGGUCACCCCGCUUUCCUACCGUGCUGUAAGGUUCAAGGUUCAAGGUUGGACUUUCAACAAGGCGCUCGUCAAAUAGCAGACCCGAGACAAAACCAUGACGUGUUUAAUUUCCUUUCCAGAGGCACGCGCUGACCACGUUAGUUUUAAGAUUGUCGUAAGGGCGGGGCAUUUUAAUUCUUAAGUAAAUGUUGUUUGUGUUAAAUAUAGUUUAUUUAUAAUUCUGACGGAGGGUGGACCUGGCCCCAUGGUACACGUGCAUCAGACACGGCGCCGGCUAAAGACGCUGCGAGGGUAUUCAUAAAGUAACGCAAUAUAAUUAUAUAAAUAUAUUUUUAUAAUCCGUAUUGGAAAUUGUUGCCCUAUAUUCAUUGUUAAUGUAUACUGUAUGUAGUUUCAUUAACGCAGGGAUUCAUAGUUUUAUGUUGCUAUCGUUCCAGUCGUAUUUUGUCAAAGUCAGUCAGCCUAGACGCUACUGUUUUGAUUCCAUUUUUCGUCUGCUUUAAAUGUUUUAGCGUUUCUUGGGGAAUACGUGUGAACCCCGGCUAGAGUCUAAACCUUGAAAAAAAUAAUCAAUUAACUUGGAGUCAUACUUUCUUUCGUUGGCUUAUGGCACAGUGCGAUGUUGAUCUAAAAGAGCAAUAAGGGAGAUUUUUUUGCGCCGUUCUUUGUCGAAUUUACGGUGGUGGCGGUGAGUUCGAUUUGGCCAUCCAGCAUUGUCAAUUUCAUGAAAGAGCUGGAGGACCGAUCUUACACUCAACGAGCGUAUUUUUCACGAUAACUAUUAAAAAGGAGGACAUUUGUUGUGCAUGUCACAAUGAUCGUUCUUGCUGAAAAUUUGUGAAUUGGUUUUCCUUUUUCGUUCAGGAAAUAACAAAUAACUGGUGGCACAGCCGUCGCGACUGCCCUGUACACUGUACGGGUUGCGGGUCGCGCUUAUCACCGUCUCGCCUUGUCGGCGAGGCCGCGGGACAGAAGACCGAUUCCGCGCAACGUUUCGUCGCUCUGUCUCUCUCGCACCUGCAGGGAACGCCGCAUGGUGCGAGAGAGACAGAGGGGCGAAGGCAAUGUUCGCUCUGCUGAGACUGGGAACGGACCCCCGAAUAGCGCCCAAGCACAGCAUCGCACCGAGCCAUGCAGCCAAGGCAGAGACUGCCAGCCAAACAAAAACAAUAACAAAAAUUCCAGUUUGAAACGGUCAUGCAUCGCAAGCGGUGUGCGUUGCGCGCAUUAUGCGUAGGACAAGAAUAUUAGAAAAUAGAUUUUUUUAAACUGAGUUAUCCUAUGCAUACCGCUGCUAACGCUCUUACGAAUUUUUGUCCAGUUGGCUUUCCCUGACCAGGGGCUCGGUUAGGCAACCAGUCUUACCAUGAGACCUUUCAACCGCUCCUUGUUCAUUGGUUUUGGAUUUUCUUUUCCACUGCUAUAGAAAUUAGCCAGAGACCGCGCGUGCGUCUGCAGCCGGCUAAACUUAUUUCAUCCUAAUCAAGUAUUUUCUCUUUGUAAGUGUGAUGACGUUUUGUGGGGCAUAUGAUAGUUUUUAAGAUGUCAAAGAUAAACAUAUCAUUUCUAGUACUGUUACAAGCUCCUUUAUAAUGUACUUUUGCGCCGUAUGAAUAUGAGCAUAUCAACGUGUACGCGUUACGUACAAAAUAGAACUGAUGCAUAUCGUUUUGAGAAGAACUAUUCAUUGAAAAAGUCAACGUUAGUUCUCUCUUUUGUGAUCUCAGAAGCUGUAACUUAUGAGGGCUUUUCCCUUUAAAUCCAUCAUUCCUAGUCUUUGUAUUUUUAAGUACUCGUGGAUUUAUGCAACUUACAAAUUUUCCAUGUUCAAUUAAUACUAACCUUGUUUUAGUCUAGUCAUUUAUUUCAUUUUAGCUGGGAAGCAAGGAACCGGAUUUAGAUUGUAACAGAUUUUUGACAGGGAUUGGAAUGAUUAUCGUUUUAUUUUUUCUCGACGCUAAACGUCUUUUACCGAGCCAUACUGACCAGAGCCCUUGUUUGAUCUCGUUUCUACAAACUUUGUUGCCUCCACUACUUCCACGGACAAUGUAAGAAAAGAAAAUUAAUAAUUAUCCGCGAAAACACGCGUGCUCUAUGUUUGAGGGCUGGUUUCAAACACGCCAGUGUGCCACAGAACGGCACGCGUGGAGUCCCAGACAGUCCGUGACCGGGCAAGACUAGUCCGUGACUGGGCAAGUCACUCGGCUAGACAGACAUUUCUCCACAAGUGUCGCAAGUCGAUCGCUGCGGUAUGAAAGCGCUCGUCACGACGAUGAGGCGAGGCUCUCCUCCGCAGACUGAUUCCAUGAGUCGUUGUCAUCGCUCUGUCUCUCUCGCACCUGUGAGGGGCACCCCAUGAGUGCGAGAGAGACAGAGCGACGAAAACGACUUUCUGAAUGAGUCCAUUGAUUGCCUCUGAUGAUCCGGUUGCCUGAUAGCGGCUUGCCUCCCGAAGGUGGCCCCUCCCUGAGCACACUCGUCAUGCAACCGAUAGCGAUAACUCGAUAGCGAGCCCGCCGGUCGAUAUCUUAUCGGCGUCGAUCUCGUCUGGCUUCGGGAGAAACGAGUCGGUACUUUCCAGUUACUUUCCAGUACUUUCCAGUCGAUUCCUGGAUUCGCGUUCACUCCUUUCGCGCUUUGUCCUUGUCACACCUGGGUCCCUUUCGGUCCCUUUGCUGUUCCUUCCUUCCAUCCCAUUUUUACCUUUAUCUUGUUCUAAAGUUUCCUUUGCAAACGAAGCAGGGCGGCAUCUCUCGGUGCGGCGCCUCGGUAGCGUUUUAGAGUGUUGUCUAGUAUCUAUGGUAGAGGCUUGAAGCAAAAGGUACACUAGGUAUCGUUAAAUUCUAUUUAUAUCCCUUUUAAUAUCCUUCCUGCUCUGUUGUCAAUGGCUCAUGUCGCCUCCAUUUUCGCACUGUUUUCCUUAACAAAAAAAAAGGAUUGCACUCAGUCUUGUCAAAAAGGGAAAAUUGAACGGGCAAUUUCUAAUUUUUGUCAUAUUGGUCAAAAGUUGCCUUGUUGGUCUCUAUCUCAAAACGAACAAUAUCAGCCGAAUAUUCGUCCUUUUAAUUUCAUAUUUUUGUAUGACAGUGGUUCAGCUUCCAUCCAGAAUUGCCCAAGGGAAAACAACUUCUUUAUUUCUCCUCUGAUUUUCUUUCCUGUUCAAUUAGAUUUCUCCAAAUUACCCAGUGGUAAUUUUUUUAACAUUAUUUUUCUUGAUUGGCUCUGUUUGGCAUAGAGAGACAUGGGCGUUAUAAGUCUCUAGUGGUGUUUCCUGAGGCAUGACACGGCGCCCCGCUGCGACUUCCGGUUUGCUUCGCUUUCCGUCGUUGACUGGUCGUUUCAGCAUUCUCAGUUCUUGGGUGUGUCUCGUGCAUUUCAGGCCACUCAUUGCCCCCACGUCCAGGAGGUACACCGUGGUAGAACAAAAAGUUUUUUGCUGCAUAAAGUGCCUAGUUUUACAGAGAUGUAAACGAAAUUUGGACCGGGGAUUGGGGAUUGCACGAGUACUUCUCGUUGGGGCUCGCGCACCUCACGUCCUCGAACGCCUGUGUCGGGCCCGAAACGGCAUAGAUCAUGUGUGGUCUAGCCCGUAAUGGUAAUGGCAAUGGCAAUGCGCGGGGUAGGCCAGCCCGCCCACCCUGCGUGUCCAGCGGACUGCCUACCCCUUGUUUCUCAGGCGCUAAGACUCGAUGAGCGUGCAUCCUCGGGGCUUUCGUGAAACAACGCACUGCUUCUAAAAGGAAAUUUUUGGGAACAUAUUCCUUGAGAGAAGCUAUUGGUUUUCCAAGACUUAUUGUUCUACUUCGGCCUCUUUGACUGGGUGCUUCAUUCAAGUACAUAUCAGCCCUUCACAAUUGGGCAAAUGCUCUGUGAUCAGAAGUGCAAAGUCUCUAAUUAUAUUUUGUGGAGGAAGAUGGUAGCAAGACACAGCCAACUAAUGCAAAAGCCUUUUGUACAAUCCACACAUUAUUUUGCUCGAUAUGUGUGCUGAUUUUGUGCAGACAUUUUACUCGUUGCGGUUUGUUCAUUUUAACCGUCUGUUAUUGGAGUUAUUUAUCUCUAUUAACCGUUCUUUGUUAUAGUCUAGGAAAGGUCCUUUACAAGAUUUGUUGUUUUAUAUUCUAUUGGUGCUCGUAUACAAAUGAGAUGAUGUAUUACUUUGUUAUCUGCACUCAAGUGUUGAUUGUAAAAAAGCUCUAAAGUGACAGCAAUAAUUCCCAUACAUUAGACAUAUUAUAAUUUAUUUGUAAGGGACUUCGGUUUGAAGAUUGCAUUUCCUGUCUUUGAAAAAGACAAGUUAAAAAACUCCAGAUCUUUUUGUUAUUUUAUUCAACAAAUUUUGAGACUGUUUAUCAUCUUAUUCAGUUUGAGAGUAGAGUGUAGAACUAUCUGGAAAAAAGUGGGAUGUACUUCUUCAAAUUUUGAAACUUACACAAAAGAAAAAAGAAACUAUGAAGGUUGUGUGUAUCUUGGUUUUCUUGCUCGUUAAAUAUCUUAAUUUAUGCUGCCAUAUCUGCAACCUGCCUAAUGGGCUGCUGUUUGUUACCCAGCAAUUUCUGUUGCAUCUUUUGUUCUACAUUGUAGACCAGGAAAUAAAUAUAGUUCCAUCUGAUAAAUCCUAA